CAGAAAACUGCCAGGAAACUGCUUCAAGAUUGCAACGACCACAACAACCACCCCUGCUCCCCCUCCCCCACCCACAGAGCCUGACUACACGGCCCUGUAUGUAAUCCUGGCUGCGCUUGUCGUCUUUGUUUUCUUCUUCUGGUGCUUUUGGAGGCCCGGCUAUCUGAUAUGGCGGAUAGGACGAUUGCGCAAUCACCCUUGUGUGAGGGCAUGUGGUACCUGCGUCCCGUGUUCUGUUAUGUGCUUGAAAUGCUGCAGUUGUAGUGCUUGUUGUGCAGGUGGAUAUCACCAAAGUCCAACAGGAGCAGCGGCUUGGAGAGAACUUCAGGAUCAGGAGUCGGAGCACCCGACCAGUACGAUGGCUAAAGAAGACAGCAGUACGCUAAUGGGAACACCGAGCGGGACUUCUCACGGUUAUUCAGGGAAAAUUACAAAGCAGAUUUUACCAUGUUUUCCGAGAAAGCACGAGCCGGAAAAACAAGGUGGAAAAGUUCGUCUGAGGCAGGCCACUGUGUGUCCCUUACAGUCUACACCAGAAGACCAAAUAUUUAGUCGAGGUAACAGCGGACAGAACGAACAGAACAAAGGGGAUAACUCGAGAAGCAAAAAUCAAGACAUCACUGAUAAGCAGAAACCUGUCGUGUCAGCGAGUGACAUCAACUUUGCCAAUGACUGGACGAAGUUGCUCACAAACGAUGGUUGUCACUUGAGAGAGCAUCGCUGACCAUAAAGUUACACAUAUAAUGAAUAUGAAUUUAUUUAUAUCUCGAAAAGUUUUUAAUUUUCACAAAACUCUUGAAUUUUAUAUUUUUUUAAUGUUUUUUUUUUAUCACCAAUUGCAUUAAAAAAUAUCAAGUAAACGAAAUAUUGAUAUGUAGUACAUAAUUUACAGCGAAAUAGUUAAGGGUCAUUGAUGAAUUAGUGACACUUGUAAUUUUGUACUCGGUAGAGUACUUAUCAAGUGACACUUCGAACUAGAACUUCCGUGAAAAGUAAUUGAUUUUCAAGCAGGCGAUUUUGAAAUUACACUAGAAGUUCAAAGAUGAUUUGCCAUGGCUUUUAAAUUCAUGGAAAUUAAGUCGGAACUUGUUAAAAUGCAUCAAAUCCAACUUUAAAAUCUAGGAUGUUUACAAUGUAUCCUUGUACACAUUGACGCCGUUCUAAUGGUCCUCUUAUA